AUGGCGCACGGACUGCUAAGAAGCUCAGAUGAUCUAAACGGAAACAUAGAUAAGAGAAUAAAAAGAGAAAGAGAGGCAGAAAUAAUGCUGGCACAGAGCGAGCGCGUGACCAUUGUCCCCAGAGUGCACAUGGACAAGCUGGAAAUGGCUUCUGGGACAUUUGGGCCGUUCUUUCCGAUGGCGCCCGCAUCUGUCCCACUGUAUGUGGCUCUUUUCCUGCGGCACUCUCUUCUGUGCUCCAUCCAGGCACCCGAGUGGCUGAGCAUAGGAUACCUGCAGAGAGCAAUAGAAAACGAGGAAAUUUCGCUCGAUGAGUUUUCGCCGAUCAAUAUGUACAUUUUUGAAAAUGCAGAGGUUUCUCUGGAGAGCUGUGACAUAACUGAGAAUAUCUCCGAAAUAAAAAUCCUUAUCAAAAAACUCAAAGAGAUAAGACUGAAGAAGCUCCUCAAAGGCAUAGAGUACAUAGAUACGUCUGUGAUAGGCAUGAACAACCUAACUUUCUACGAGUUUAGAAAAAUAAAAGAGUACAUAAUCCCACAUCUGGAGAUACAGAAGAACCUGUCAAAAUAA